CAUCCCGUUGCAACUCGCUGCAGCCCUUUGCAAUUUGGCACGACUGAGAACUCGUGUCCAGAAGCAUGCAGGGGUCGUGGUCCAGAUGAAUGUCACUUUUCGCCCCUUACAUAUGUACCAUUUCGCCCUGUCCUUACCAGGUCCUUACGAAGCUUUACGAAGUUACCGAAAUGUGGAAAAUGGACCCACAAUUGAUGGCACGAAUUCCGAUUUCAGUUUUUCAUCUUGUUCACCAUCGUUCAUCUCAAAAUGCCCUAUGAUAUUACUUCGAUCCGUCAAGAUGCUCUCCGUUCAGAGAUUUCUCGUCUCCGAGGAAAGCCAGUCACCGAAAUGGAGCAAGUAAGAGUAUACAAGUUGGUCUUUGACGUAGUUCUCGAAGGUGGAGAGCGCAUGAUUGCUCGUUGUGAACGGGCUGGACCUGAUCAAGAGGAUCCUCGCGAGGUUCAGCGUAGAUUGCACAAGCACGCCACCGUUCUGGAUACUUUGCAGAAAGCCUACGACAUUCCUGUUCCACUUGUCUAUCAUAUCGAACCUGAUCCAAAGGUUAUAGGCGCUCCUUGGAUUUUAAUGGAUCGUAUUCCUGGUGGCAUGCUUCAUUAUGUCGUUAGCCGCUGGGACAAGGCCGUCAAGGAAGACAAUAUGAAAGUCAUUCUUGCCCAGCAUGCGACCGUCUACGCUUGUAUUUUUGACACUAUCAUGCCUGAGCCGCUUUCCUCAAUGUUGGCCGAGGAACGUCAAUACGACCAUAUUGAUCCCAUGCCUACUGCCUUUGACAUCAAGCUCCAUUACGAGUCUUUCACCGAUGAUCCUGACCUUCUCCGUGCGCGCGCAUAUCGACAAGAGACAGCUACUUUCAUCGCGCAUCGCUUCUGGAAACUUAUGCAUGAUGGGGAGCAUAGUGCCGAAGUUGAUGGACAUCCCGAGCUUCCUGUCCUCCACAAACUUAAGGCUCUCGUUCCUGCAUUUAUCCCUUCGGUUGAGGCAUACCUUGAAUUAAAUGAUAAUGGGCAAAGCCUCCUUGGUUCGAAAAAGCUACACCACUACGAUCCAUCAGUCUCCAACAUUAUGGUUGAUCCUGACACUGCUAAAAUCACCGGCAUUAUUGACUGGGAAUUCACGGUGGCUGUUCCUGCUCUGCUCUCUGCAGCAUAUCCUGAAUGGAUAAGGUAUGAUGGACAGCAGAGUCCUACAAGUCAUUGGUCUAGUCACCUCCUUCAACUUUCCCCUGAUAAGUUUGAGUAUGGGAUGUGGCGGGAUAUGUAUGAGGAGGAUGUCGGCAAAAUAUCCAUGAAUUACCUCAAAGCUCUGCGUGCUGGCAGAGAAUUACAAGAACUCGUCGACUGGUGUAGAUUUGCUGUUUAUGGUCUACCUCUGGAUGAGCGCAUGGCUUUUCUGGAUAGUUGGGUCAAUAGCAAGGCUACCAAGUUUGGGGUGGAUGUAGAGUCUGUACCCAUUCGUCAAAAGAAAGAUUGGAUGUGAUAUAUCAAUUUUGUUUGUCCGAGUGGUGUUAAAUUAAUGUUGCUAAUGCUCUAAAUAGAUAGAUACUCUUUUUCUAAUCUGUCGUCCACAUACGAGGCCAGAAUAACAUCG